AUGUCUCCUACAGAAUAUUUUCCUUUAACAUCACAACAGGUGAAGAUGUCACUGAAGGACCCAGCAGCUAUUAACCAUUUUCACAAACAAGUGCAGAGGCCAAUGUUACAAGAAGCAAUUAAAGUAAUCAAAGACCAUGGAGCAGAGUGGUUAACUUUUCCUAAGUUGUUUGGAAUGGGAGCUGAUCAGAGAUACCAAAGUCCUUUCUGGCAUUUGGUUUUAAAGCUUCUUGAAAUUCCAGUCAGAUCUGAAAAUCAACAAGAAAAGUCAGUGAACAAUCUCUUUCAUAUACAUGGACAGAACAUUCUCACAUUGGUGUCUAAGGACAGAGUUGGAUUAAUUGCUCAAUGAGAUCAAAGAAGUUGCUUCAUCACCACAGAGCUCACUCAUAAGUAAAGAAGCCACUCCAAACCUGUUUGAGUUCUAUGCCAAGCACAUUUUCAGUCUUCCACUUAACAAUGUUCUUGCUGAAAGACAGUUCAACCUUUCUCAAGUGCACCUUAAUGAUACCAAGUCAGAGUUAUCAAAACAGGCCACAAUCACAUUUGUUAAAGACAUUCUGCAUAGUGGAAAAACCAACACCAGGACCACAAAAGCAGCAAGUGAAGUUCAUGAAGAAAGAAUGAAAGAAUAUACCCAAAUGCUCACCACAGACAUUUUGCAAGAGGCAAGAAAGAACUUAAACAAGAUUAGAGAAAACUGCAAACAUGGGCCACUUACAGCAAAUGAUGUUUACCCUAAAGCUUGGGUAGAAAAGAAAGUAAACAAUAACUUACCAGAAAUGAUUAAGUCACUAAAAGCAGAUGGUAGCAAACUUAAACUUCACUGGAAGGCUUCCGCCAAGGGAACAUCUGCACUGGAGGGACAGAGGUCAUUCAACCCA